AUGCCUCGUCAAAAUAACCCUCUGAGCAAGGCUCUUGUGAGCCUGUUGCCUCUUGCAGCCAAAGCUUCAGCUGCUUCUCUCAACUCCGAGUACACCUUCAAUCCUCUCCAUCACCUCACAGGAAUCGCACCUUACUUCGAGUCCCAAGAUCCUCCUGCUUCUCCCGAUGCGCCUCAGGGCUGCACAGCUGAGCGCGCCGCUUACUUGGUGCGACAUGCUGCCAUCUACGCCAACGAUUUCGACUACGAGGAGUACAUUGAGCCUUUUGUCGAGAAGCUUGAGAACAAGACCGGCAUGGAUUGGUCCAAGAUCCCUUACCUGAACUUCCUUGCCGACUGGGAGGCGCCCAUCUCCGAUGCCGAAGUGUCUCUCUUGACUAACCUUGGCCGUCUCGAGGCUACCAAGUUGGGAGUUGAUCUCGAGUUCCGAUACCCCGAGUUCAAGCAGCCCAAGAAGAUCUGGACUUCCACUGCCGAGCGAACUGUCAAGUCUGCCCAGUCCUUUGUUCGCGGUCUUCAAGCCGACGACACAUCUAUCAAGGUCGAGCAAAUCUACGAGUCCGAGGAGUCCGGCGCCGACAGCUUGACACCCUACAAGGCCUGCCCUGCUUACUCUGGAUCCACCGGCAGCGAGGAGUCUUCCAAGUACCAGGAGAAGUAUGCCAAACCCAUUAUUGAGCGCUUCAACGCUCUGGCAUCCGACUUCAACUUCACCAUCAACGAUAUUUACGGCAUGCAGCAGCUCUGUGGCUACGAGACUGUCGUCCGUGGAAAGUCACCUUUCUGUAACCUGGAGCUCUUCACCUCCGAUGACUGGCUAGGCUGGGAGUACGCCGAGGACGUCCGAUACCACUACAACGCUGGCUACGGUAACGAGGUCUCUGGAUACGUUGGCAUGCCCUGGCUCAACUCCACCGCCGAUCUGCUCAUGAACAAAGACUCUGACGAGGACCUCUAUGUCAGCUUCACCCACCGCGAGCUACCCCCCAUGGUUCUCGUCGCGAUGGGUCUCUUCAACAACUCCGAGCCCGGUGGUAGCGAGUCCCAAAUCAACGACACCAUGCCUCUCACCAAGAUCAACUACCGCCGUGCCUGGAAGAGCUCACACAUCCUACCUUUCCUGAGCAACAUUGCCAUCGAGCGACUGAACUGCACAGGCAGCUAUGGCUACGAAGACGGAGAGUACUACCGCGUUCUUGUCAACAGCGCUCCCCAGCCCCUACCUGCUUGUGAGGAUGGUCCCGGAACUAGCUGUACCCGAGACAGCUUUGAGGAAUACGUCCAGGCUCGCGUCGACAAGUUCACUGGCUUCACUGACAAGUGUGGCGUGGACUACGACAACUCUACCGACAUUCUGUCUAUUUACCACGAAUAA